GCAGCCCAGAUCCGGGGGCCCCCAGCCCUCAGAGGGCGUGAAGGGUUAAGGCAUUAACCCCUCCCAACCUCCUCCUAAAGGAAGCCACCCUGCCUCGGCGUGGCGCUCGGCGACUUUGCCUUGCAGACUGGCGCGGGCAGCAGCGAGCGGGGCUGGCCAUUGGAGUGCACGGCUGCGGAGGGAGGGUCCCGGACUCCAGUAACUUUGCGAAAGCAGAGUGCAGUCAGUCUGGGGCAGCGGCAAGAUGCGGAGUGCGCGGUGCAUACCCGGAGCUUUUCUAACGCAACUUCGUCCUGCCUGAGCGAGGCUGCAGUUUCGGAGGCCCUCUCCAACCAAGGAAAAGUUACACAAAAAGCCUGGAUCUCUUACAGAAUCACCCCCGCAGCGAGUGAAGGCCCGCUCGCCCUCGCCCUCUAGCGUUCAUCUGGAGAAGUGCCACCUCCGGGUUCCUGGGGGGACACUGGGCAGCACCAUGGUGUCCACCAGCAUCCCGGUAGUCAAGGCCCUCCGCAGCUCGGUCUCCGACUAUGUCAACUAUGAUAUCAUAGUCCGGCAUUACAAUUACACGGGAAAGCUGAAUAUUAGCCCCGACGACAAUGGCAUUAAACUGACUUCGGUGGUGUUCAUUCUCAUCUGCUGCUGCAUCAUUCUGGAGAACAUCUUUGUCUUGCUGACCAUUUGGAAAACCAAGAAGUUCCAUCGGCCCAUGUACUAUUUUAUUGGUAACCUGGCCCUCUCAGACCUGUUGGCAGGAGUGGCCUACACAGCAAACCUGCUGUUGUCUGGCGCCACCACCUACAAGCUCACCCCGGCCCAGUGGUUUCUGAGGGAAGGGAGUAUGUUUGUGGCCCUAUCAGCCUCGGUGUUUAGCCUCCUAGCCAUUGCCAUUGAGCGCUAUAUCACCAUGCUGAAGAUGAAACUUCACAAUGGCAGCAACAGCUCCCGCUCCUUCCUGCUGAUCAGCGCCUGCUGGGUCAUCUCACUCAUCCUGGGCGGACUGCCCAUCAUGGGCUGGAACUGCAUCAGCACACUGUCCAGCUGCUCCACCGUGCUGCCGCUCUACCACAAGCACUAUAUCCUCUUUUGCACCACAGUCUUCACUCUUCUCUUGCUCUCCAUCGUCAUUCUAUACUGCAGGAUCUACUCCUUGGUCAGGACUCGAAGCCGCCGUCUUACCUUCCGCAAAAACAUUUCCAAGGCCAGCCGCAGCUCCGAGAAAUCACUGGCAUUGCUGAAGACAGUGAUUAUUGUCCUGAGCGUCUUCAUCGCCUGCUGGGCACCCCUUUUCAUCUUGCUUCUGUUGGAUGUGGGCUGCAAGGUGAAGACCUGCAACAUCCUCUUCAAAGCAGAGUACUUCUUGGUGUUGGCAGUGCUCAACUCUGGCACUAACCCCAUCAUUUACACUCUGACCAACAAGGAGAUGCGCCGGGCCUUUAUCCGGAUCAUGUCUUGUUGCAAGUGCCCCAGUGGAGACUCCACCGGCAAAUUCAAGCGACCCAUCAUCGCUGGUAUGGAAUUCAGCCGUAGUAAAUCGGACAACUCCUCCCACCCUCAGAAGGACGAUGGAGACAACCCAGAGACCAUUAUGUCUUCUGGAAACGUCAACUCUUCUUCCUAAAGCUGAAUGCUGCCGAUCCUAGGGAAGUGCUCUUACGUGGUCACCCACCACCCCAGUAUUUCAAAAAGGGCUCUGGGCCUCAACUGCUGCCAGGAAGGAGCUGCUGAGAGCUGGAGAAAGGGAGGGAGGGGGAGAAUCUGAACAGCCCGGUGGUGCAGGGUGGUGGUGGGUGUUUAGUUCCUGUGAACAAUGCACUGGGAAGGGUGGAGAUCAGGUCCCUGCCUGGAGCCUAUUUCCUAUUCCCCUGGAGCUUUGAUUUUGCACUGAGCCAAAGGUCUAGCAUUGUCAAGCUCCUGAAGGGUUCAUUUGGCCCCUCCUCAAAGACUAAAGUCCCCAUGUGAAAGCUUCUCUUUGUCUGGAGUUGUAAGCAGAAGAUGUUUUCUUUCACUGUAGUUUCAAACCCAAGUGAAUGUGUGCACUUCUGCUUGUCUAGGGAGGCUCUGCAUAACUCACCCUCCCCUCCCCGUUCACACCCCUCCUGGAGAUCCUUUUACUUUAUAUUGUAACUACCUGGCCUUCCUCAGAGUAGAGGUUGUGCCCUGGUCCUUUUCUUGACCUUCUGUAGCAGGAAGGCUGUGUUGAGUAGGUAGGCUGUGAGGAGAUAGAAAUGGUUUGAAGAUGUAAAGCAAUUUCAUUUGUUGAGGCCAAAGUUUCCACAUAAGCUGGAUCCGUUUUCUUGGUGUUAGAUUGAAGUCACUUUGUUUUUUUUUUUUUUUUAAACAUCUUUCCAAUGAAAUGUGUUAGAGUGUCAUAUCCAUUGUGACUGUAAUCAGUAUAAGGAAGUCUACUUUAUCUAAAUGAUAUCAACCAAGAUCCUUACUGUCAAGGGAGAAACCGACAAAACAAGGUGAAAACUGGGAGUUAACUUUUGUAAACCAAGAGAGUUUCUUGACCUUGUCUAACAAAUACAGCAUCUGUCUUUGGCACUUUUGUGAUGUUUAUUUCAGAGUGUUGUAUGAGUCAUUCCAACCAACAGGAUGGUUGUAUUUUGUUGUGUUAAAAGUACUCUUUAUGAUUUUUGAAUGUAUUUGUUUUCCGCAGAGGUCGUUUCAUUGGAUUUUUUUCCUAACCUGUGUUAACACCAUUGAAUGUGUAUUUCUUAAGAAAAUACCACCCUCUUGUGCCCUUAAAAGCAUUACUUUAACUGAUAGGGAACACCAGAAGUUUUUCAGUAUAGCUGUUCAUUAGGUAGUAAUUGAAUAUGUGUAUAAAUGUUACAAAGAAUAAAAAAUAUAUUACUGUCUCAUUAGUAUGGUUUUUGAGUGCAAUUAAACCAAGAAAUGUCUUGUUGUUUUUAAAAUAUAGUAUUUAAUAGGUUUCUGACUUUGUGGAUUAUUUUGCACAUAGCUUUAUCAACUUUUAAACAUUAAUAAACUGAUCUUUUUUAAAGAUCUCUUUGUGAAGAGCAUUUUUAAAAAUCAUUAUUGAGAUAUUCUCUUUGACUUAUGUGGCUCUUUGGAAUCAAAGUGGAAGGGCAAAUUUCUGUUAUUCUUUAAAGACUUUACUCUGAUAAACUAGGGUGUGAAAAAAAAAUGUGGUUUGUUUAGAAACCACUAUCUUUUUCAGGAAGAGAAACUUGGUAAGCUCACAUUGAAGAGUCUUAAGAAUGAGAAAAACCACCAAUCUUCUGAAUACCACAUUGGCAAGUAAACCUAAUUGAGCUUUAAAUUACAUUAAAGCCAAACCAAAUUAAGUACAAUAAUUCUGUCCUAAAAACUUUUUUUUUCUUUUUUAAGAAUUAACAAUGUGAUGGUCAAUCUAAUUUAAAUUAUGAACCACAAUGACCAAUUUAAACUGAUUAACAGAAGUGUAUGUUCUUGGCUUUCACCAACAUGCUGGGGAGGUGGGAAUAUGGAUAUGGGAUAUAAUAUUGAGUCACUUAAUUUUUGAGGACACUUUUGGAUUCCCCAGCCUGUCUUCUGAGCAAUAUGGGAAUAUACUGUAUCAGUGAAGUAGCAAGUUGUAGAACGAAGGUUGAAUAUCAUAGCACCUUUUAUUGGAAAACUUUCUGUUCAUUAUAUUUGAAAGAGUUAACAUUCUUAGUUAUUAAUGUCUCCAACUAUAAAAUUAAAGCAAGGGUAAUUUAUAAGCAUCACAGACUUUUGUAAUUGCUAAUUCUCAUUUUGUUAUUAUUGUCAUCUUUAAUGGGAUUAAAUAAAGGUAUUUUGGUGUGUUUGGCUCUUCA